AAAAUGAGUGUUUUCAGUCUCUCCGGGUUGCAUGUACUGUAUGUGGAGCAGUGUACAGUGAAGCGGAGGCAGAGCGGCUCCGCGAGCUCCUCGCCACUUUCCCACAGAGAAGCCCUGACUGGCCCUGAGGGCGAGCCACACACACGCCCUCACGCGCGGCGAGCCCGCGAGGUCACUAUCAUAUGACAAAGGCUUCAUCUUCCUCCCUGUGUACUUCCCACGUAUCUUCCUGGAAUCCUGCUGCAUCACAGAAGCUAGAAGUUCUGAUGUUCCAUUGAAAUCACAAUGGAAAAUCUUGACUUGACUGGCCAUAGUAAUGAAAGGGAGUAAUAGAAAUAAAGAUCAUUCAGCAGAAGGAGAAGGUGCUGGGAAACGACCAAAACGAAAGUGUCUUCAGUGGCAUCCAUUGCUAGCAAAGAAACUUCUUGACUUUUCAGAAGAGGAGGAAGAAGAGGAGGAAGAGGAAGACAUUGAUAAGGUUCAACUUCUUGGGGCUGAUGGCCUAGAACAAGAUGUUGAUGAGACUGAAGAUGAUGAAUCACCAGAACAGCGAGCCCGAAGACCUAUGAAUGCAUUUCUUUUAUUCUGCAAACGCCAUCGCUCCCUUGUCCGUCAAGAACACCCAAGGCUUGAUAACAGAGGUGCUACCAAGAUACUAGCUGAUUGGUGGGCUGUUCUCGACCCAAAGGAAAAGCAGAAAUACACAGACAUGGCCAAGGAGUAUAAAGAUGCAUUUAUGAAAGCAAAUCCUGGCUACAAAUGGUGUCCUACCACAAACAAGCCUGUAAAAUCACAAACACCUGCUGUCAAUCCACGAAAGAAACUUUGGGCCUUCCCAUCUGAGUCUUCAAGAGAUUUGCCAAGCCCCAAGAAAGCAAAGACUGAAGAAAUGCCUCAACUUAACUUUGGAAUGGCCGAUCCUACCCAAAUGGGAGGCCUGAGCAUGUUGCUGCUAGCUGGAGAACAUGCUCUUGGCACAUCAGAGAUAUCCUCUGGCGCUUGCAGGUCUGAUGUUUCAGAAUCUCCUGAAUUACGUCAGAAGUCACCAUUGUUUCAGUUUGCUGAGAUAUCUUCAAGUACAUCCCACUCUGAUGCUCGUACAAAACAGUGUCAGGCAUCGGCCUUGUUUCAGUUUGCAGAGAUCUCUUCAAACACUUCGCAGUUGGGUGGUGCUGAGCCUGUAAAACGCUGUGGGAAGUCUGCACUCUUUCAACUGGCAGAGAUGUGCCUGGCAUCAGAGGGGAUGAAAAUGGAAGAAACAAAGCUCAUAAAAGCAAGAGAAUCAGAUGAUGGAAGAAUUAUAGAAUUGGAAAAGGAAAAGGAAGGAAGAGAAAUAAAAAUGGACAAAGCAGAUGACACUGGGUUGCAAAAGGAAGCAGAAUUUGAAAAAUCAGCUAAGGACAAUGGAAGAGAGUCUAAGGAAUUGAGAAAUUUUGAAGAGCUACAAAUGGCUGAUGAAAUGGCUAUAAAAAUGGAAGACCCCAAAGAAAUUAGAAAGGAAGAAUUACAGGAAGAUCAAAAAUAUAGUCACUUCCCUGAUUUUUCAUACUCUGCCAGUAGCAAAAUAAUAAUAAGUGACGUUCCGGGUAAAAAGGACAUGUGCCAUCCUCAUGGAAUUAUGAUCAUUGAGGAUCCCACUGCACUAAACAAACCAGAAAAGCUGAAAAAGAAAAAGAAGAAAAGCAAAACAGAUCGACAUGGAAAUGAUAAAUCCACACCUAAGAAGACAUGCAAGAAGAGACAGUCUUCAGAAUCUGACAUUGAGAGUGUCAUAUACACCAUUGAAGCUGUUGCAAAAGGAGAUUGGGGUGUUGACAAACUUGGAGAAACCCCAAAAAAGAAGGUCCGCACAUCUUCAAGUGGCAAGGGAAGCAUGUUGGAUGCUAAGCCACCAAAGAAAAAAGUGAAAUCAAGAGAGAAGAAAAUCACAAAAGAGAAAUCCUCAGACAUCACCAAAGAGUCAAGACCUCCAGAUUUCAUUAGUAUUUCUGCCAGCAAGAACAUUUCUGGUGAGGUGCCAGAGGGUAUAAAAGCAGAACCAUUGACCCCCACAGAGGGUGCACUACCACCCAACCUAGCAGGACAGGCCAAGCCUGAGGAUAGUGACUGUCACAGAAAAAUAGAGACUGGUGGCUCCAGGAAAUCUGAGAGGUCUUGCAAAGGUGCUCUUUAUAAAACCCUGGUGUCAGAGGGCAUGCUUACUUCUCUGAGAGCUAAUGUUGAUAGAGGUAAACGAAGUUCAGGAAAAGGAAACUCCUCUGAUCAUGAAGGGUGUUGGAGUGAAGAAAGCUGGACAUUUAACCAGAGUGGGACCAGUGGGAGCAAAAAGUUCAAGAAGACAAAGCCAAAGGAAGACUCGCUCCUUGGCUCAACAAAGCUGGAUGAAGAAUUUGAAAAGAAAUUCAACAGCCUCCCUCAAUAUAGUCCUGUUACAUUUGACCGAAAAUGUGUACCCAUCUCAAGAAAAAAGAAGAAGACUGGAAAUAUGUGCUCAGAACCGACUAAAACCAGCAAAGGUCCUUUCCAGUCUCAGAAAAAGAACUUAUUCCACAAAAUUGUCAGCAAAUAUAAGCACAAAAAGGAGAAGCCUAAUGUUCCAGAAAAAGGAAGUGGGGAUAAAUGGUCACAUAAGCAAUUCUUCUUGGAAGCGAUUCACCCUACAGAAGCCAUAUUUUCAGAAGACAAAAACACCACAGAGCCUGUUCAUAAGGUUAAAAAUACCCUAUCCAUUCCCAACACUCCAGAGCAAACAACAAUGCAAGAACCUUUGGUGGGCAGCCAGAAGAGAAAAGCAAGGAAAACCAAGAUCACACACCUUGUCAGGACUGCAGAUGGCCGAGUAUCACCAGCAGGAUGUACUUUGGAUGACAAACCAAAGGAGCAAUUGCAGAGGAGUCUCCCCAGAGCAACCGAGACAGACUGUAAUGACGAUUGUGCACACAGCACUGAGGUCGAGGAGACACGGAGCAGUACUCCAGAAAUGCCUGCCGUGUCUGCGUUCUUUAGCCUUGCUGCCCUGGCUGAAGUGGCAGCCAUGGAGAAUGUGCACAGAGGUCAGAGGUCAACACCGCUCACCCAUGAUGGACAGCCAAAAGAAAUGCCACAAGCUCCUGUACUUAUUUCUUGCGCUGACCAGUGAAGCGCUCUUUAAAUUGUAAAACAUUGUGCUUUACCUACUACCCUAGCCUUGUCUUUACCAAGGGAUGCUAGUAAGUCCAUGUGGUGGAAAAUACAGACUGCAAACAAGUGCUUGUUGCCCUAUAUGGCCCAGAUUCACUUGAAGCAGAAGUUAGCAUCCUGGGCCAGUUUGUUCUUUUGGAACCCAGAAUCUUUGAGGGUAAUGUUACCUGUCUUGAUACUGAGCAGAAACAAUGAUCCCGGAGCUCUGCUUUCCAUUGAAGGCUUUUGACAGUAAUAGGUGGUAACUUGGUAAAAGGCUGCCUUUACUGUAGCUCAUCCAGCAUCUCUUUUCCACAAGAGAGUGUGAAACUAGUUUCAUAUAUUACCUAGUUAUUCUUUCAAAACAAAACAAAACAAAAAAAAAAACUGACGCACUGCACUAAUUAUUAUUAGAUAUUCUUAGUCUUUUUUGUACAUGGAGAUUUAAGUUCUAAGAUGGUUUAUAUAAUAGGUUAUACCUACAUUUAUAUUGUAGAAUAAAUAUUAAAAAAAAAAAAAGCCUGUUCCAGAGACUCCCAAGCAGCAUGGGCAGGCAAACGUACCAUUGUUAGCGGUGUAUGCUCGGCCUCGUGGUCCAUAUAUUCUGCACUUUUAUAUUUGCCACCAGAGUGGUAGUUUGUUGGCAGAGAGAGAGAGAGAGAGAGAAUAUGAAUGAGAAUGAAUGAAUUACAGUUCUUACAAUCUGAAUUUUUUCUUAGCUUUGAGUGACCAAGAAGAAUUUGCUUGGGGCAAAUUGUGGCAAAUAUUUUCCCAGACCGGGGAAGAUUUCUUCAGAUUACAGAUUACUGAUGUUUUCAUGCCUUGAGGAUUCUUUUAUUUUUACAUAGAGGUCUAAGUGACCAAUGGAUCGUUCAUACAAACAAACAAAAAAAGACAAAAAUAUUAUUCAGAAGUGACCUUAGUAUUACUUCACUAUUCUAAACACAUUGAAGAUACUCACUUUAUGUAGACUUGGAGCUACAGACCUUUUACAUCCAUCACAGACAGACUGGACGGGUUGCAAUUGCUAUGCACAGCCUAAAUGGCACUGCAUGUUUUUAGAGCCAUUUCAAGUUUGUGUUGUUUAGGAGGUAUUGAGUAAAUGAUUAGGAAGGUAUGCCUGAGGUGGGCCUCUCAGUCAUAGAUCCACCUGCAAGUUUCUGUUUCCUUUUUUAUGUUUUGUUGCUUUUAAACAUAAUAUGCCAAGUGGAUUAACUGGCUUAGAACAUUCAACAUAUUGACUUAACCACCUAACGUUCACAGUGUCUUGUUUCCUAGCAACAGAUGCAAAGUGAUAAAUCAAAACUAGUCUGAGGCUACAGAUUUUACAGGGUAUUUGUUCCAUAGCACAAAGUAUUUCCCCACUCUUGCAUUGCAGCACAAACUACCAAAUUUUAAUUAUUGGAUUCCAGCAAUAAUUUUUAAUGGUUUUCAAACUGGCAGAGUUUUGGUAGUGCUAGUUCAAGUUUGAAUUAGAUCUCUUAAGUGGUGACAGUUUACAUGGUUUUAUCUAGCUUUCUUAUUUAUACUUGACUGAAUUGUAAUGAUUUUUUUCUAAUUGUAAUUUGACCUAAUAGCCAUAUAAAAAGUGACUCUAUUAAUACCAACUAGGUUUAGCUUCUCAUGGUUGUAGCUUUUCCUUCAGUUUUGGUGCUGGAAAAUAUGUACAACAUUCUAACAGGAUUGAAAAAAGACAAUACAGGGCUUGGUCUUUUUUUUUUUUUUCAAAGCAGGUAAACAUGGCAGCACAACAUUGGAAUGGUGUCCUCAAAAAUACAUAUUCAUUGUGGGGAUGGAGGAAGUAGGAUUUAGUAUAAGGUUAAUUGGUGGUUAGACUUAACCCCAUUCACAUAGAAAUAAAUCAAGUGAACAGCCCCCAAUUUUAGCAUACUAUUUUAACUGUGAUGCUGUUUUAUUAAUAUUUCUAAAUUUCCAAACAAAAAGUGGAUGUUUGAAAAUUCCUGGGUCCUGAUAUUGGUGGCUGUUGGGUUUUGGACCACUUGCUAGCAGUGAUUUAAAAAUUACAAUUAGCUAAAAUCCAAAAAAAAAUAAUAAAAAUAAAAAACCAACAACAAUUAUAUGGUGCAGAACAUGCAUCUUGACAAUGGUACUAACUUGGUAUUCUAUAGAACACAUUAGAAUAGAUCUAUAUUUGCCAGAGCACCCUCCUUCAGUCCUCCGAUUAUAUUUCACUAGAGUUCCUUAAGAGACUGCUGUAUAUUCCUGGGACCUUUUUUUUAAAAAAGAUGCAAAACAAAAGAUUACUCUUUUCUAUGUGAUUAAUAUCUUACUUGAUCUGCUUUUCCUAAACCUCAGUGGCUUUUCCCUUAGGCGGGGGGGGGGGUGGAAGGGUAACUUACUGGAUAUGACUGUUUUCAGAUACUUUAAAACAAACCUUUUUGUAGAAAUGCUUAAUUUUUAAGCAGUUAGGCACUGAGAAUAGCAGAAAUCCUAAGCUUUAUAGUUCUUUAGGCACUUGCCUUGAUUCUCUAAGUAAAGUCUUGAUUUCAGUAAUAGGGCUUCUUAUGCUCUGAAUCUGCUGGAGAGGAGUGUUGGUGUUUUCAGGUAACAACAUUUGUUAGCACAAAUACUUCAUAUGUAGUGCCCCCAUUAUCAUUUUUCAUUUCACUUCUCAUUCUUUUUUAUUUUGGAAAAUCACAUUGUGUACUUUUAAUCUGCCAGCAAACACCAUCUACACUAACAUUUCUCCCACAGCAUCCUCAAGAAAAAAAGUUGUUGCACCUUAUAUAUAUGUCAAGCAAACCAAAAUAUUGAUGCUCUUCUGCUUUGUUUUGUUCUAAAUUGUUGUAUCAUAUCUUUCUGAACCCAUUCUGAAUUUAGUUGAAAGUAUUGAUAUUUAUGCUUUUAACCUUAAUUUCUGGAUUCAAACCUGUAUAUAAAUCUUUUGAAAAAAAUUGUCCUAGCCCUUCUCUGCAAUGCUGGAAGUGGAAGAUUUCGUCUCAGUUAGAGACGUAGUAUUGUUCCAGUUUUCUUUAGCCUUUUAUUUAUUUAGUUAUUCUGGGUAUUUCCUAUGUAAUUUUGAAGUAUGUAAGAGUAUAUUAUAGUAACUAAAACUGCAGCUUUAAGAAGCUGAGUGAAAGAAAAAUACUGUAAGACCUCCUUGAAGUUUUUAUUUGUUAGGUACUGUAUAUGAGACCAGGAAAAGGAAAAAUGUCCCACAGCCACAUUGAAAAUACAGGUUCUUUUCCUAAAAUUUGAUUACCCUAGAUUGUAGAUCAAAAAUUUUAAUUAGUUCAUUAAACCCCUUUCUGAAGGAUAAAUCUUAAUGUUGUAUUUCCUACAAAUACUAGAAAUUAUUCUGUCAGAUGUCCUAAAGCCAUACUGAAAUAAUUCCCAUGUUAACAUUAUUAUUCUAGUUCCUGACAUUACAAUUAGUAAAGAAAAAAAAUAGUAAUGGAACACUAUGAACAAAAGGAGCAUCUGAACUGGUCUAGUGGUUUAGAAUCUGACAUGUUCAAUCAAUGUCAUUCUCUUAUUAAGUCAGAUGCUAUGCUAAGUCAUAUAAAAAUUUGUUUUCACUCUGCAGUCUUUGGCUUGGUGUAUGGAAGUGUUUGCACCUAUGUAAAAUUAUAAACUGUUACAGAACAGGAGUUAGCUAAAAACUGAAUGAUAGGUUUUGUUUAUAGGGUGGGAUGGGGUGGGGUAUACUAAAUAGCUCUGUUCCAAGCUUGGCAUUUGGCAUUAAUGUGAAGCAGUGGGACCAUGCUGCCUGCUAAACUACUGUAUGAGUAAUAAGUGUUCUGAAGACCAGUAGCUGGAGGCUGGAGGACAGCACCCAUACAUCAAAGGAGAAGCACCACCGUGUCAUCUCUGGAAAAAAGGAAGAAAUUGGGGGAGGCCUGGAGUCAUCGUUUGGAAAGGGAAAGUUGGGGUGUACGUGAUGCUAUUGAGGAGAUUCAACUUUGAUUGCACUGCUCCACAGAGCCCUCGUGUAAGGCCAAUCCUAAUGGGCUACCUCGGCUUUAAAAGUUAUUUCAGUAAGUCCUAUUUCAAAAGUUUUAGCUUUUUUUGCUUCUACCUUCAGUGCCACUAUUUUCCACUGCAGUGUUUUGACUUCACAAACUGCCUUCUUCAGAGAGAACAAUGUAUUGCUGAAAUGGUCAGUAGAAGCAAAUGCUAUUAUUACACUUGACCUAUAAAGUAUUCAGAGUGACUGCAAGGUGGAAAUAAAAAUUUAGCUUUUCCCCACAUAGGUGCUUGGUUUGCACCUUAUAUAAAGUGUACUAAUUGCUAAUUGAUAUUACUUUUGUUUAUACAAGCAUUCCCAAAGAGAUUUGGACUUGUUUUGAGUUUGGGAAUUUUUAAAAAUUACCUUAUUUAGAUUCACUAACAGCAUAUGUAGAAUGAAAAAAAGCAGCAGUUGUUAGUUCAUCAAACCAGAUGUGUCUGGCAAAGCUUCAGGGUUUGGUAGACUGCCUUGCUUUAAUUUGAAAGUGAUUUGCUAAGUUCAUUAUACUCCAUAUUCAGUGAUUUUGUCCUUUUCACUGGGGACAUUAUCCUCUUACAUUUCAGAACAAAGAAGCAACAAAAGAGUGAAUAAUAAGACAGAUACAUUUGACUUCCUCAUGCAUCCCCAUCUGUCUGUGCUACCUGUUCCUUCAAAUAUAUAAAUACACAUUUUCUGAGAAAGAAAAGUUUCCUCUUCAGGCCAAAUUUUAUUUGUGAUAGUAUGAUUUAUACUAAUAAAUUGAGAGGAGGAACUUUAUAAUUAAGCAUUCUAUGGCCAGUGAUUUUGUUUUGUUUUGUUUGUUUUCUUUUUUCUUGGCAGUCUGGUCAAAACUGAUUGUGCCCUCAUUGAUUUUUAUGCACAGGACUAAUCCCUGCGAACAUUACUACUCCUUCCAAAGAUUUCCUGGUAGCUUGGGCCAGAAUUGGUUAUUGAAUAACUAGGCUCUAAUUAAAUGCCUCCAAACCCUUCCACCCGCAACGCAAAUCUUACCUCACAAGCUCUAACCUAAAUCACAGAGACAAGCAUGUUUCAUGAAUUGUUGCUGGUUUCUCUUUGCAGCCCCCUGGAAGGGGUGGGCACGUGUCCUAUCACCUCACAUUAGUGCCUCGGCUCUAAGAGCAGCAGAACCGAGGGUAGGGAAGGUUUGCAAUCUAGAGCUUAGUAACUUGCUCAGCAACAUUUUUUUUUUUUUUCAUUUUAUUAGAACUAAUCAAGUCUCUUGCUCUCAGGAAUUUGUCAAAAAGAGAAUAAAACCACCUGAGAUUCCACAUACCAGAUUGUGAGCUUUUCUCCUAGGUUUGAAUUGCUUACUUGUCAUAAGUUAACCAUAGCUUCAUUUGACCACCAGGUCUUAAGUCUGUUGACAGUUUCAGCGUGAUCGAAUUGCUCAUUUUUUUGCUUUCAGAAAUUGGCUUGGUUCUCUUUAGAGUUGGUGUAAACAUGCCAUGUAAUAAAUGAUUUCCACUUAAUGGUACAACAGAAUUACCGCUUUCUUAGAUGUAUGUGUAGUAAGUCGAUAUACACAUUUAUAUAAUUUCUUUCUUCAAAAUCUUAUACCUAAUUUGAUAUUUCUAAAAAAUUGCACAUGUAAAUCAUGUGUAUAACAUGCUAAAGUACUUUAACUGUGAUCUUAAAACUGAAUAAAAUAUUUAAUAAAAAAUUGAAAUAUUUUUAAGACAUUAUUAAAUACAUUUCUUUAUGUUUACACUACCCCCAUAGAGUAUGUGCCUUCAAUGUACUAUAUUCAAAACAGUAGGAAAAAUAAUAAAAGAUACUUCAACUAUUU